AUGCUUUGUGCUUUUUCCCCCCCUCGUCCCCGUCGUUCCCCCAACCAGUGCGUGGAUUCCCAGGGUCGCACGCCGUUGAUUCUCGCCAGCGGCCGGGUAGAGGGCUUUGAGGCUGCGAAAAUUCUGUUACAGAUGGGCGCUCUUGUUCGCGCCUACUCCAAAGGAGGGGGCACGGCCAUUCACUAUGCCGCUCGUAAGAAGCUCGAUGCCAUGGUGAAGCUGCUGCUGGACCAUGGAGCGGACCCCCUUUUCCCUAACGAUGAUGGAAAAACCGCUCUGGACCUGGCGAGAUGGAGAAACUCCACUGCUAUCGUCAGACUCAUGGAGAGCCGGGUGGCCUUGUUCGAGGGCCAUGUGCGCCAGCAGACCCUCUCAGCACUUUUGCAACUCUCCUGUCCCCCUUUUUCCCCCACCCUGUUCUCCUCUGUCUGGCUGGUUGCCCCAUCAGAGCCGGGUGGCAUUGUUCGAAGGCUAUGUGCGCCACACCCUAGCCGGGUGGCAUUGUUUGAAGGCUAUGUGCGCCAGCAGACCCUCUCGGCGCCGUCGCUAGUGAAAGCCUUUAGAAUUUGGGUGGCAGUGCUUCCAGGGCCCACCAUGAGUGACGGACGCCAGACAUUCCGCCUCGCUCUCUACCCAUCCAUGGCUUUUGGCGCUCCCUACUUCGACAUAGCACUGCACGUGUGCCGCAUUCACAUGACCAAGCUGAACUCCGCCAACCCUGUACUCGUUAUAGAGGGCCCCGUUCAUGUCGACUCAAAAGCUCACCCGACCCCUCCCAGACUACGCCUGCCGAGGAACGCCACGGGUGAUUCCUCUCUUCCCUUUCCCCCUUCUAUCCCCUCAUUCUUCCCUCCUAACAAUCCUUCCUCCUCUCACUCUUCCUUUUUUCUCACUCGUCCCUCAUCUCUCAUGCUACCCUCCCUCUCACUCUUUCCACCCUUUCACUCUUUCCACCCUCUCACUCUUUCCACCCUCUCACUCUUCCACCCUCUCACUCUUUCCUCCCUCUCACUCUUUCCUCCCUGUCACUCUUUCCACCCUCUCACUCUUCCCUCCCUCUCACUCCUUUCCCCUUCUCACUCUUUCCUCCCUCUCACUCUUACCACCCUCUCACUCUUCCCUCCCUCUCACUCUUCCCUCCCUCUUACUCUUCCCUCCCUCUCACUCCUUUCCCCUUCUCACACUCACUCCUCCCUCCCUCUCACUCUUCCCUCCCUCUCACUCUUCCCUCCCUCUCACUCUUCCCUCUCUCUCACUCCUCCCUCCCUCUCACUCCUCCCUCCCUCUCACUCUUCCCUCCCUCUCACUCUUCCCUCCCUCUCAAACUUACCUCCCUCUCACUCUUUCCUCCCUCUCUCUCUUUCCUCCCUCCCACUCUUUCCUCCCGUCUCUCCUCACUCUUCUUCUGCAUGCUCCGUAGAGGGGGGAUGUGUUCUCUCAGCAGCUCGCACCCAGUCGGCCAAUCAGCAUCAGACACCUCAGAAUGUGACAUCCUUUCCCCGAACCCCACAAUCACAUGCACCACCACCGGCAACCCAGCUCCCAGCGUCUCGCUCUCACACUGCCCCCUCCUCCAUUCACCAUCCCCCACCACCACAGACGCAUCCCACCAUGUACCCCCACCCUCCUGCCGCUCCUGCUGCUUCCCCUUUUGCUGCUCCUACUGCUGCUGCUGCUGCUGCUGCUGCUGCGGCUUAUUACACACAGCUGCAGGCACAGCAGCAGCUGGGGGGGUUAGGAGCAGCAGGAGCAGGACCAGUGGCAGCAGCAGGAGCAGGAGGGGGGGCGUCAGGAUCAGGGAGAGGGGGUCAGCAGAGCGGAGGGGAAUCCAGGGGCGUGGUGAACGUGCACGCGUGGCAGGAUGACGUGGACGAGGACACGGCAGGGGAGGAAGGAGCAGACGGCUUUAUUCUCACCCGUUCCUCCUCCGAGCCCCAGUCCAGAUCUGGCCGCUCCCUCUCCUCCUCCUCUUCUUCUGCUGCGGCUGCGGCCACCGACUCAUUCACUGCAUCGCAUCGUUCUUCUAGGUCCAUUUCAGCCUCUGCUGACCGCCACCCGUUUGUCCCACCUGCUGCCCCCAUCCCCUCUUCCUCCGCUGCUGCUGGCACUUCUUCUGGCAUUGCCGCUAGUCCUGCUACUGGCGCUGCAGCUGGUUCAGCCAGUACAGCCGGAACAGCUGGCACUGCUGCAGCAGGGGCGGAAGGGGGUCGAAUGCGCGACGAGAUUGCGAAUCAGUUCUCCUCUGUGGCACCGGCGCUCAACCGAGCAGCAGCAGCCGUGUCGUCGCUCUUUGCCUCCGGCCCACCGUCAGCACCCCCAGUGGACGCUCCUGCUUCCGCAGCAGCAGGGCCACAUUCCAACGCAGGCGGCAUGUGUGCCUUGCGGGCAUGUGGUGGGGUGUGUGGAGUGUCUCACUGA